AGUGUUUUUUGGAGUUAAAAGUGUCAUUCAGUGAGAUCAUUGAUCAAUAUCUAUCUAAUUCAUUUUUGUUGAAAACAUAAAUAAAAAGAAAACAACUGAAAUAAAGGAAGUAAACCACUUGAAAUAAUAUAAGUGGAAGUGAAAUAUAGAUAUUAAGUAAAGUUUACUGAGGAUUUGGAUUCCGUCAGGAAAUUUGUUUAAAAUAUCGGUUUAUAUCAAUCAGAAGGAGCUUUUAAAGGAUCAUCACACUGGACGUAUUGACAGGAUAUAUACCACCUUACUAUCGAUCGGGAGAGAGUUACAGUGAAAAACCGAUCAAAAUGGAUCCCGAUUGCUUUGCCAUGUCCUCCUAUCAGUUUGUUAACUCUCUGGCCUCAUGUUACCCGCAACAAAUAAAUCCGCAACAGAGCCACCAACCAAAUCCUGUUGCGUCAGCAGCCAGCAGUCAAGGGGGUUCGAGUGGUAGCGGACCUGGCAGCGGAGGUGGCGGUGGUGGCGGCGGCGGAGGUGGUAUUCCCAAUCCCACGGGCGGUGGUGCCACACAAACUCCUAGCGCAAAUGACUACUUCCCAGCGACGGCAGCCUACACACCGAAUCUCUAUCCCAAUACACCACAAGCGCACUAUGCUAAUCAAGCUUAUAGCUUAGGUGGAAGUUCGGGGGCGCAGCCAAAUCCUGCCGAUAUGGUUGACUAUACGCAAUUGCAGCCACAGCGUCUACUCCUACAGCAGCAACAACAGCAACAACAACAACAGCAGCAACACACGCAACAGCAGCAACAACAACAACAACAGCAACAAUCCAGCUGUAAAUACGCGAACGAUCCGACAACACCGACCGGCAAUAAUAACCAACAAUCGAUAGCAAGCCCACAAGAUCUAUCGACACGCGAUAUCUCACCGAAGUUAUCGCCCAGUUCGGUGGUGGAGAGUGUUGCCAGAUCAUUGCAAGCAAAGAAUGUGGUUGCCGGUGUGGUGGGCGCUUCUGUUGUUGGUGUUAGUGGUGGCAGCGGUGUAACAUCGUCCAAUGUUAAUAAUAAUCACAGUAGCAAUAGUCAUACGACAAAUGUUCCAAUGCAUAGUCCAAAUGGUGGUGGGGACUCCGAUUCGGAGAGUGAUAGUGGCAAUGAGGCUGGUAGUAGUCAAAAUAGUGGCAAUGGCAAGAAGAAUCCUCCGCAAAUAUAUCCAUGGAUGAAACGUGUACAUUUAGGAACAAGUACUGUUAAUGCCAAUGGUGAAACAAAACGCCAACGAACCUCAUACACCCGCUAUCAAACGUUAGAAUUAGAAAAGGAAUUUCACUUCAAUCGUUACCUGACCCGCCGGAGACGCAUCGAAAUCGCCCACGCCCUCUGUCUCACCGAAAGACAAAUAAAAAUCUGGUUCCAAAAUCGACGUAUGAAAUGGAAAAAAGAACAUAAAAUGGCAUCAAUGAAUAUUGUACCUUAUCAUAUGGGACCGUAUGGACAUCCAUAUCAUCAAUUUGAUAUUCAUCCAUCACAAUUUGCUCAUUUGAGCGCAUAGGACGCGUGGCACUUUUCGGGUACUGGUUAGAGGCUCAAUCAGUUGUAUCAAGAACCAUAUCAGGGAUACCAGAACAAUCAGGAUGCCAGCGGGGGUGGCGGUGUUAGCAGUGGUCCUGGCACCGGUACCAAUUCGCUGUUUAGUAAUUCUGAGUGUUCUAAGUAUCCCCAAGAGUUCUGAUCUCAAAUUAUGUAAAAAUUACAUUAUUUUUAUAUAAAUUAUAGAGGUAUUAAAAACGUCUUCGUUCAAAUCAAAAUUAAAAAAAAAAAAUAACAACAAUUUUAUGCAUUAAGAAAUUACUAAGCCUUCAUGAUAACAAUGUUCCGUUUUAUAUGUAUGUGGCUUUAUGUCUCUCUGGAGACAGUAACUGGCACAGAGUUAUAAUAUGGAAUUGAGUAGCGUGAAGGCUUUGUAGUUUUUAUCUCUGACAUUCAAGAUUCAAUCCAUCAGCUUAAUGCAACGUAGAACGCUUAAUAUCACAACAAUUUUUACAACUGAUUCGUGCUAACACGAAACUAACAAAACACUCUCACUAUGAUGUCAUCGCAUCGUGUGGAUGUGCGUUUGCAAAUAAUCGUGUUGGUUUAUGAUACUGGUCACAAUCUGCGAUUUGGUUUCAUGGGAUUUUUGUCAAAAUGGUUUUAAAUUUUCCUCUAUUUUUUUUUUAAAUUAUUUUUGUGCUUAGUUUGAUUAUAUUUUAUUUUUUGUAAUAUUUUU